AUGAAUUUACGAGCGAUCCAUUCAAUCCGCGCUUUAGACUUCCAGUCCAAUGGCCUUCAGCCCAAGAUCUGGACUACCUUUAGGUGCCGUGCACUGGCUCGAGCCAUGCCGACGAUAGCCUUUAUGGAGCCAGGGGCUUGGCCAAGGCACCGGAGAGCAGUUCAUGAUGCAAGAUUGACUGUUCACUGGGAGCGUGACUCCUGCAAUUAUUCGAGACUGCAAGUAUUUUGGGCCGUAACACUGACCGGUAUUCAGCCAGGUGCAGCCCCGGCACGGCCUCGCACGCUUGAUGUCAAGCGAUCAGGGAACUACCCCAGAUAUCAGAAGCAGGAGAAACUUCUGGGGAUUGAAGAGCCAGACACUGUAGCGGAAUUACGGUUCAGCACAACAUCGGCAACAUGGCAAAGGUUAGCCGAAUUGACCCGACGCUCACGGGGCGGAUGA